AUGCUCAAUAUCUCGAGGACAUGGUUUGGACUGAAUUUGGACAACAAACAUCGAGUUAUCAUCAGAGAUGGUGUUGAGUAUGUUAGAGAAGCUGCAAGUGCUCGUGAAACAUUCGAUGUCAUAUUCCUUGAUGCCUGCACAAUGGACCAGAACGCACCGGUCAAUUGUCCGAGUAUUCGCUUUUUGCAUCGAGAUGUUGCGGAAAGUUUUCACGCGUUGUUGGGCCAUACAGGGAUAUUGGUAAUGCAUGUGAUGACGCCGAAUCCCAAAUAUCUCGUUGCUGUAUCUAAAGCGGUAAGCAAAGCUUAUACAAGCGUUUUUCAGCAACUUGGUGUGAACGAAAAGGAGCCUGUUGCGUCAUGUCAUAAGAUCUGUUCUUUUUCUGCAUGA